UUUUGGCCGCGGCCGACGACGGCAAAGACGACGCCGCAAUGGGAGACAAUCUGUUCGCAGGGCUCAACCUCGACUUCAACAUGCUGCCCGACGGCAACGCAGCCUGCGAUCGCACCUCCUACUCGCGUCCCAGCGGUCACAAGCGUCACAAGUCCAACCCCGACUUCUUCAACCACUUUGUGCCGCCGCCGGCGUUUGCGCCGCCAACAGGGAUUUUCUCCAUCAGCGAUAUGCCGCCGCUGCACCCAGAGCCAACGUCUCACGGAAACAUAGAGCUCACGAUCCCGGAGCCCAUGCCAUUUUCGCAGUCUAACAACCCACACGGAAGCUGGGCGGGCAUGAGCUUUGUCGACGACGCUGAAGUCGAAAAUAUCUUGCGCGACUUUCUGCCUGCAAACGAGCCCGUGCAACAACACACAGAGCUUGCACAGACGUUCCAUGCGCAUCAACUGCAAGAGAACGUCAUGGACCUGAAGCACAAAAUCCGCCAUGAACGUCAUUUGAGCAACCCCGACAACUUGCUUCAUCACGCGCAGCAGCUUCGCCAGUUCCAGCACAAUCCAGUGGCCGCAUCGUUCACAGACUUACUGAGCAUGGAAGAAAAGAAGCCACCUCCACCGCGAAAGCAGCGCGGUAGCAACCGCUCCACGGGCCUCUCCAUGGACAUGGCCCAGAUCGCGUUGAACCUUCGCGAAGAAAAUGCUGCCGCUGAAGACGCGGGGAACCGCAAGUCGUACAAGUGCGGGCGCUGCGGGCAACCGAAGGUUGGUCAUGUGUGUACGCUUCCAGACCUGCGGAACAACUGGUCGCAAGUGGACCUCGCCAUCACACGCGGCAUGAAGUCUUGGGACGCCAACUCCAAGGUGCUUCUGACGAGUAAGGCAUCGUGGAAGGCGCAGCACCCGGACCACAAGCACAUUCUGUAGUCGUAAAUUUAUACUUUUACCACUCCACAUUAACAAGGCGCAGCAGAUAAUAAAACCUUGUCGCG